UCUGCAACAAGGCAACAACCAACCCCCCCUCUCUCUCUCUCUCUCUCUCUCUCUCUCUCCAAUCAUUUGAGGGUUGGGAAUGUCGCAGAGUAAUGUGGUGGAUUUCGACCUGCCAGACGAGAUUCUUUCGGUGAUACCAACCGACCCGUACCAGCAGCUGGAUCUGGCUCGGAAGAUAACAUCGAUGGCCAUCGCCGCCAGGGUCUCAUCCCUCGAGUCCGACGCCGGCCGCCUCCGCCAGAAGCUUCUCGAAAAGGACCGUCUCAUCUCCGACCUCGAAGACCGUGUCUCUUCCCUCACCCGUGCUUGCCACCAAGCUGAGUCCACCUUGAACUCCGCCCUCAAUGAAAAUGUAAAGCUUUCGAAGGAGAGGGACCAAUUAGCAGCAACAGUGAGAAAGCUAAGUCGAGACUUUGCAAAGUUGGAGAUGUUUAAAAAACAACUGAUGCAGUCGCUAACUGAUGAUACUCCAUCCCAAGCUGAAACCAUAGAUAUUGGAACCUGUGACCAAUCAGUUCCAAAGGCAUAUCCUGAUAAGGAUGAUGAUGGAAGCGGCUAUACGACACAUCAUUCAUACAGUGGCCCUGCAGACGGGGGUAAAACAAUUGAUGAAGCUUCCAGGUAUUCAGGGCAAAGGUUUUCUUUGACUCCGUAUAUCACUCCACGUCUUACACCUACUGGAACUCCAAAGGUGAUCUCAACAACUGGGUCUCCAAGAGGAUAUUCUGCAGCUGGAUCCCCCAAGAAAACAUCUGGUGCCGUGUCUCCCACAAAACUUCCAUAUGAAGGUCGGCCAUCCCUUUCUUCAUGGUAUUCAUCAAGUCAGCAGUCAUCCGCAGCAAACUCUCCACCUCGGGGACAAUCACUUCCAGGUCGAACCCCUAAGAUUGAUGGCAAGGAGUUUUUUCGUCAAGCCAGGAGUCGCCUUUCAUAUGAGCAGUUCAGUGCAUUUCUUGCUAACAUAAAGGAAUUAAAUGCUCAAAAGCAAACACGAGAGGAAACUUUAAGAAAAGCAGACGAGAUAUUUGGGUCAGAUAACAAAGAUCUUUACCUAUCUUUUCAAGGAUUGCUUAACCGGAAUGUACGCUAGUACUGAAAGCAGGAUUGCCCAGAACUGUUUGAGUUGGUUACUGACCCAACUCAGCUUUGUUGGACUGAUAUUGAAUCAAAAUCCAAUUAAGCACUCAUUGGGCCAUUGAAUUCGAGAUGAAUAUAUACUUCAUCUAGUCUUUUUUUUCCCUUUGGAAUUCCCUGUUGCAUGCUGUGUAUAUAGAAGCUCAUGAUUUUCUGAAUGGCGUGCGCAACUAAUUAAAAUAGUGAUUGAAUUUUUCCAGAUUUUCGUUUCUUGAACUCGUAUGUAAUGGGAAUUUCCUUUAGUUGUAUCUGGCUACUCUUUCAGUCUAA